CGCCCGCGCCCCUCGCCGCGCUGCUGGCGCCGCGUCCUCAACGUCGACCCGCCCUGGCUGCGACGCGCACCCGCCCGCUGACACUGUACUCCGCCGACCACCUGACACUCGUGGACUAGCGCCGCCCGCCCCGCCCCGGGCUCCGAGGACACUUGACCCCCGCUCCGCCCCCCUCUCACUCGCAGCAUAGCCGGCUGACCCGCCUCGGCGACCGCCGGGGCUUCGGCCCCCAGGAGGACUAGCAACACUCACUGACUUAUCAGGUUGUGGUAAAGAUACCAGGAAAAAUGAAAGUAAUUGAGGAGGAACAGCCCGUGAUGGUGAUGGAGGGUCCCUGGAAUCCCGUGGAUGUGAUCCGGGAUGUGGUAGGGGGAGGCCAGGAGGACCCUUUUUACGUCAUGGACCUCGGGGAGGUUGUGGAGCGCUAUCACCACUGGAAGGAGAUGAUGCCGCGUGUAGAGCCUUUUUAUGCGGUGAAGUGCAACGAUGAUAAGUUGCUGGUGAGCACACUAGCGGCUCUGGGAGCUGGAUUCGACUGCGCUUCCAAGGCUGAGUUGCAAUUGGUCACCGGGCUGGGUGUGAGACCUGAACGGAUAAUCUUCGCGAACCCCGCGAAGCCGGCCUCGCACCUGCGCUGGGCGGCCGCGGCCGGCGUGAGCUGCGUCACCUUCGACUCGGAGACCGAGCUGCUGAAGACCAAGCAGCACAUGCCGCAGGCCCGACUCGUGAUCCGCAUCCGCUGCGACGCGUCGUCGGCGCAGUGUCCGCUGGGCAUCAAGUUCGGCUGCGACCCGGUCUCCGAAGCGCCUCGCCUGUUGAAGCUAGCGGCCGUCCUCGGCCUGACCGUGGUGGGCGUGUCGUUCCACGUGGGGUCUGGGGCUCGGGAGACAGCAGUGUACGGGCGCGCCCUGCAGUACGCGAGGGACUUGUUCGAGGCGGGGGAGGCCGCGGGACACCGCAUGGGGCUGCUGGACGUGGGGGGGGGCUUCCCGGGGAACUCCGGCACCUGCAUCCGGGAGGUGUCAGCGGUUAUCAACGCAGCGCUGGAGACCCACUUCCCGAGUCACUCAGUCCGUGUGAUCGCAGAGCCGGGCCGAUACUUUGCCGCCGCUGCCUAUACACUCGCUGCGCAGAUACACGCCACCAGAGAGUUGCCUGCAAAGACAGCAGAGGACGGCACAUUGGAGAAGCACACUAUGUACUUCAUUAAUGAUGGCGUGUAUGGCUCCUUCAACUGCGUUUUGUAUGACCACCAGCAAGUCGUGGCUGAGCCACUAGAGCCUACCUCAGAGUGCUCUCUGCCAUGUUCGGUGUGGGGUCCGUCCUGCGACGCGUUGGACUGCGUGCUGCCCGCCACUCUGCUGCCUCCGCGCAUGGCGGGCGACUGGCUUGUGUUCAGAGACAUGGGCGCCUACACGCUGCCCGUCGCCUCGCCCUUUAAUGGCUUCCCAACGCCACGAGUACGGCAUGUUGUCGAUAAGCGCCUCUGGUCGAUCCUCAAGGAUCUGUGGCCGUUGACCGGGACCCACUUCUCGUUCGACGGCGUCCCCGCCCCGCAAACGCCUCCCUCUUCCCCCAACCCCCUCGACACCCCCGUCUUUGUAGAGUGCGCUCUCAAGUGACCGCUGGCGAGGGGCUGAGUUGUUAGACGCACGCGGGGUUGCCAUUCUGUGCAUACGAGCUGGCAAUACCUUGGAAACGUCGAGCAUACGUCGCCAAUACUAUAUCGUAUGGAAUGUCUAUGGGAACUUACUAGAAUGUUUCAUGUACGUGCGUACAGGUGACAUACUGUUGGAAUUUUUAUAUGAUAUAUGCAUGUGAUGGCAACCCUGUAUAUGAGUUCUCCUUGUUUUCUGUCUACUUUGUUUUCAAUAAGUUUUACUUCACUAACACUUGAAUCUAUAUAAUUACAUUAAACAAUUAUACGGAU